AUGGACCACGCGACCAAGAUCGCGGGGCCGUCCAUUGACGUGCAUGGCGUCACGGACCCGGGGAACCCGGCGAAAGAGAACCAGGAUACGUUCUUCACACUGCGCCACCGAGACCACGUGGUUCUCGCGGUCUUCGACGGCCACGGCUCAGCCUGCGGACUGCUCGCGUCCUCGACUGCACGGGACUUUUUCCGCGAAAAGCUCAGCCUUCAAGAGACGUACGUGGAGCUCGAGGCGCAGCCGGAGCGCACGCUACGCCGCCUUUUCCACGACUGCCACCUCGCCAUCAAGGCGGCGCUGCGCCAGCGCUACGAAGACGCCAACAACAACGUACAGGAGCGCAAAGGCGGCUUCCUCGUCAUCAAGCCGACGCUGCUGCAACGGUCCGUGCUUGUCCAAGGCGGUACGACGGCGUCGAUCGUCAUCAUUCUUCACGGGACACGGCUGCUGUGCGCCAACGUCGGUGACUCGGCGGUGCUCCUCGCGUCCGGGUCGGCCGUCGUCUCCGACACGUCGUGGAAGGCGCUCUCGUCAAUGCUGCGAGUACACUGCGCCCAUGGCCCGCGCUGUUCGCAGCCCCCGGAUAUGAACGCCGAGCAAGUCAAACCACCGCUGCUCCUCUUGCUGACGGGCGAGCACUCGCCGGAAGCCAAGUCCGAGUUUGAAACAGUAGCCAGGCAACGCCACGCGCCGCACGCGCCGUUGACGCCCGAGCUCCUCUUCUUGUACGACAGCAUCGUGCCAGGCGUCUCGUCGAAUGGGAGGCGACUCACGCUGCGUGAGAAGCACGCGCUGCUAGAACGCCACCCGGUGUUUUGCGUCCGCAACAACCGCGAGAUUGCGAGCGCUGGCGAAGGCAGCUACUACAAGAACGUGCGGCAGGAGUGGGCGUCGCUCUGCUGCACACCGGGGAAGGCCAAGUACCACGAGUCGCUCGCCUUCACGCGGUCGCUCGGCGACUUCUACAUGCACCACUACGGCAUCACGCACGAACCCGACAUCUUUGAGGUCGCGCUCGAUAAGCUCGACCAUGGCGACCACCCGCCAACGUUCUCGCUCCUGCUGGCGAGCGACGGCAUCUGGGACAGCUGGCAGUACGGCGAGGCGGCGGCGUUCGUGGUCGACGCCCUCGGUACUGGCAACGCUGAGGCGGCUGCCACGUCGCUCUUAUCCCGCAACAAGCAAAUCGCUCGGGACGUUUUCGGGUCCCAGGUCGAUAAUAUGACAGCGAUCGUGGCGUCGAUCCGAUACCACGCUGAGAACCAGUAG